AUGCGCCCCGAAAGCCGCAAAGAUUUUACCAUUGCAAUCAUCUGCGCCCUUCCUCUCGAGGCUGAAGCCGUCGAAGCCCUUUUUGAUGAAACCUACGAUCGGCUGGGGAGAUACUACAGCAAGUACCCAUACGACAGAAAUGCCUACAUCAACGGACGGAUUGGCAACCACAAUGUGGUUCUGUGCUACAUGGCGGAAAUCGGAAAAGCAAGUGCAGCAAGUGUUGCCUCAAGCCUGCAAAUCAGCUACUCGGGAGUCGAGCUAGCCUUGGUUGUUGGGAUAUGUGGAGGCGCCCCAAACCCGCCAAACCGUCAAGAGAUCUAUUUAGGCGACGUUAUUAUUAGUGACUCGCUGAUUGAAUACCACCCCGGUGGCUUUCAGCGGAAAUCUGGGGUCAAGGAUACGCUCGGCCGACCAAAGCGAGAAAUCCGAGCUCUCUUGAACGGCCUGGGGACUGAGAAUGCCCGCAGUGAGCUCCAGGACCAGAUACAGCGAUACCUUGACUUGCUUCACCAAACAGGAACCAGGUGGCACCGUCCACAAAUCGAUGAUAGUCUGUUUCGGGCUUCUUAUCACCACAAACAUCAUGUUUCACCCAUCAGAUGCGGCUGUUCUGAGGAUGACAUACCUGGAGAUAUCUGUGACGGCGCAAUCCAGGCAACAUGCGAUGAGCUUGGAUGUGAACAAAGCCAGGUAAUCCGGUGUCGAGGAUUUCGGGAAGCUGUCAAGAUAUCUGCCCAUAUCGGCCCUGUUGCUUCCGCCGACACGGUGAUGAAGUCCGGACAGCACCGUGAUGAAAUCGUUCGAAAGGACGAGGUUAUUGGUUUUGAAAUGGAAGGGGCAGGCGUGUGGGACAAUGUCUCGUGUAUUGUCAUCAAGGGUGUGUGCGACUAUGCGGACAGCCACAAAAGCAAGUCAUGGCAAGCAUACGCUGCAGCAACUGGAGCCUCUGCGGCAAAGGCUUUCUUAGAGUAUUGGAGGCCUCGACACCAAGAGACGCGCAGGACUCGUCACUUCAUGGUCCCAUUUGGGAGAAAUCGCCGUUUUGUGGGCCGCCAGGAUGAAAUUCACAAACUGAAAGAACUAAUCUCGAUGCCGAACGGACCAAGGAAACUUGCUAUUACUGGGCUCGGGGGCGUUGGAAAGACCCAAAUAGCUCUCGAGCUAGCUUACCGCAUGCAUGACAGAGAGGCCGGAGUCUCCAUCUUUUGGAUCCCGUGUACCAGCCAUGAGGCAAUUGAUCAGGCCUGUAUGACCAUCGCGCAGAAGGUAGGAAUCCAUGAUGUGAAGCCGGCAGAGGCGAAGGACCGUAUCAAAGCGCACUUCAGCCAAAAAGGUGGGAAGUGGCUUCUGAUCUACGAUAAUGCCGAUGAUAUGGAUAUGUGGAUUAGGGGGAGCAAUACUGCCUUGCCACUAAAGGACUUCCUGCCUUCCAACGACCAAGGUCAUGUUAUCUUCACCACUCGCAACCGCCAGCUAGCCGUGAAACUAGCAGCUUUUGAGACGAUACAUGUUCGUGAACUCGACGAAAAGAGCUGCGUGGAAUUUCUGGAGAAGUCACUGGUACAAAAUAGUCUGCUCAAUGACAGUCAUGUUGCCGCUCUUCUCGAGCAGCUUACCUUCCUUCCGCUUGCUAUUACCCAAGCGGCAGUAUAUAUGAACAUGACUGGGAUAGCAGUGUCCGAUUACUUGCUACUUCUCCAAGAACAAGAGGCCGAUGUCGUGGAACUCCUAAGUGAGGAUUUUGAUGAAAAUGGACGCUACGAGGAUGUCCAGAAUUCUGUAGUAAGGACAUGGCUCGUCUCAUUCCAUCAGAUCCAGAAGCUAAACCCACUUGCGGCUGAAUAUCUAUCACUUAUGGCUUGUUUGAAUCCACGCAACAUCCCUCAAUCUUUGCUUCCGAAACCAACGACCAAGAAGAAGAUGUUCGAUGCCCUUGGGCUUCUCGACGCUUACUCUUUCAUAACUCUCCAGUCUCCGAAUGGCACCAUAAACUUCCAUCCCCUGGUGCAUCUGGCAACUCGAAACUGGCUGAAAAAAGAGGAGCAAUUUCCAAUCUACAUAAGAAAAGCAGCAGACCGUUUGGACGAGAUGUUUCUUUACGAUGAUCAUACCAACAGACAGCUCUGGGGAGAUUACCUUCCUCAUGCCCUAUUUUUGCUCGGUGAGACUACCUUCGAAAAGCGGCAAGAGCGAUACAUUGGGUAUAUACAUAAGGUGGAGACCUACUUGAACCGCGAUGGGAGACACGAUGAAGCAGGAGAGCAAUGGGUGCAGGUGGUGGAGAUUACAAAACAGGUGCUGGGACCAGAGUAUCCUGGUACUCUGAGAAUAUGCUCCAGGGAUGAUGAAACGAAACGAGACGGUACAGGUACUCUGGGAGACACUGCAUAA